AUGCAUUUCGCAAAAAUUUUCUGUUUCUACCUUUCCGCUACCAGCGCCGUGAAGCACUAUGGCAUGGCACCCUCAGAAGAAUUGCAGGCCCUGAUCACAGGGCAUGCCCAGAAAUGCUUGGACAGUGAUCUGAGCCUGGUCAUGUUCACAACGGACAAUCAUCAAACCCACGAUGGAAUCGACUUCCUAUCGUCUGAGAUGGGUAUCUUCAACCAGACGAUCUUUGACUUUCUCACGCCGGCGGAGGUCGUCGAAAUUAGCCUCGAUACCAGGAGUCCCGUCAAGGGCAAAAUGUGA